AAAACCUCAAAUGUCUACAUUAACGCUCAGUUGUGAAUUAUCAUUGACUGGAGCUGGUCUCCAGAAAAUAACAGAGAGAAGCAACAUCCGAGUCCAUUAUCCACACUGAGGAGUUUAAACAGUGAACUUAAAUUUUCACAAUGAAGCCUCUGUUCUUGUUGCUUGCUUUGAUGGCUUUUAUCGCCACUGGAUAUUGUGCCAGUAUCGGCGUUCACGACGACGAACCAGAAAACAAUUCAGAAUUGGAGGAUAAUAACGACGAACAAGAAAAUGAAAAGGAUGAAAAUCAAUCUGGAAAUGAUGAAGAAGGGAAUGGGGAUGAACAAAAGAGUGUUGAGGGAAAAGACGAUUCCAAGGAGGACGAUGAUAAAAAUCAAGACGUAAUAAAGCCUGAAAGUCAAGAAAAUGAACAGGAUGAUGAGAAUGACAAAACUGACGACAAAAGUGUACAGUCAGGAGAAGUUCCACUCAUAACCGACGAUAAAAAACAGAGUGAAGAAGAUAUUCAGGUCGGUUCUACUAAUGACGAUAGAGAGGAUGAUAUCACAGACAGUGGCAUUAAAGAUGAUGAAAAUGAUGGUGAAAACAAAAUCAAUGCCAACUAUAUUGGAGAAAACAACGACAACAGUAAAGAAGACGCUGACAAUGGAGAUAUAGUUGCCAUUGUAUCCGACAACGUUAAUAGCGGUAUUGAUGAUGGAACUGAAGCCAAUAAAAGUCAGAUUGACGAAGAAAACAAUAGCAUCGACAAUGUAAUUGAUGAUGUCAGCUCAGCCGAUGAAUUAACAAACCAAUCAGACGAAAGUAAGGCUGAAGAGAAUGACAAUAAAAAUAGUGAAGAAAAUAAGAGCAAGGAAAACAUCUCUUCCGACAUUGCCAGUACAAAUGAUGACAACAGUGCCGAAAGUGAUACUGAAAGAAAUUCCAAAGAGGUACAAAACAGUAAAACUGACGACAAUGAAUCAGGUGACAGCACAGCUGAUGAAGAAAACAAUAGCAAAGCAGACAGUGAUCAAAAGGAUGACAGUACAACUACCGAUGAAGAAAACAAAGAUGAUACCGAUGUCGUCAGUAGGGAGGAUGUUAAUGACAGUAAAGAAGAUGAAAAGAAGAGCGUUGAAGACGGUGACGAUAAAAAUGUUAGUUUGAUUGAUGAUGAAAACAGUAGCAAUGUUGAAGGCAAUGAAAGUGGCAAAGGUCAAUCUGAGCAAGACAGCAAAGAUACUGAUGACAAUAAAAGUAAUGAUGAAAUUGACAGUAUGCCUGACGAUGUAGACGAUGAUAUUAGCAAUAAUGUUGAUAAAAACAAAAGUAAUCUGGAGAAUGAUAGUCAAAAUAAUGAUGAAGAAAGCACAAGCAAAACUGAGGAUGAAAUUGAGACAAACAGCAUGGCUGAUAGUCAAGAUACUGACGAAGAAAACAAAAGCAAAAUUGAUGAUCAAAUAAACAGCAUGGCUGACAGCGCAGAAAAUGAUGAAGAAAACCUGAGCAUAAUUGACGGUGAUGAUGAAACAAGCAAAAGGGCUGACAGUCAUGAAGAAGAAAACGACAGCAAAAUAAAUGAUAAAAACAGUAGAGCUCACGAUCAAAGUAACAGCAAUGAGAACGGAGAGGAAUCCAAUGAGAGCAACAAUGAAAAUAAUAGUUUGCCUGACGUUGAGGAUGCGAGUGAGGUUGAGGACGAAAAUAAAAGCAUCGCUGAUACUGAAGAAAAAGAUGAUAGUAAAACUGUCGAUGGAAACAAAAGCCAAGCAAACACCGAUGAUGAAAACGAAAGCAAGGUAAACAGCGAUGAAGAUGAUGAUAUUAACAGCGAUAACAACAAAAGCAAAGCCAACAGCGAUGAAAACAAAACUGAAGAUGGAGACGAUAAUAAGACUGAGAGUAAAGUUGUAGACGAAAACAAGAGUUCUGCCGAUGCCGAUGAAGAUAAUAGUAAAGCUGACAAUGAAAACAAAAACAGUGCUGACGCUGACGAUAAUAAUGAUAGUAAAGCUGAAAGCGAAAUUGUAGACGAAAACAAAAGUUCUGCUGAUUCCAACGAAGACAAUAGUAAAGCCGACAAUGAAAACAAAAACAGUGCUGACGGCGACGAUGAUAAUGAUAGUAAAGCAGAGAGUGAAGAUGUAGACGAAAACAAGAGUUCUGCUGAUGCCGACGAAGACAAUAGUAAAGCCGAUAAUGAAAACAAAAGCACUGCUGACGGCGACGAUAAUAAUGAUAGUAAAGCUGAAAAUAACAAAUCUGACGGUGAUGAGAGCAGAACUGAUGACGAAAAUAAAAGCAAAGUUGAUGACAUUAAUGACAGUCAAAUCGAUGAAAACAAUGAGGCAAACUCUAAGAACGUAGCUUCAGGUGAACAGGACAGUAACGAAGAGGAUAAACGCAUAAAUGAUAGCAACGAUACUGAUAACAGUAAAGCAGAUGAGGAGAACAGCAGCAAAGGUGUUGAGGAUGAUGCCGAAAACAGUAGAGGUGUUGACGAAAAUAAUAGUCAACCGGAAGUCGAUAGCACGAGCGAAGUGGAUAGCAAAGAUAUUGAUGACGAAACAUUAAGCACGGAUGGCGAUGGAGAGGAAAGUAAAGCUGAUGAUAAAAGUAAUGAGGUUGAUGAGAAGGAAAUUGAUGACAGUAAAGAAGUUGAUAAAAGCAACAGCAAAGCUGAAGAUGAUAAUGCAAGUAAUGAUGAGAAAAGCAACGAUGAUAAUUCUAAUGAAAGUAAAACUGACGAAACAGAAACCGACGAUCAGAAUGACAGCAAAGAAGAUGCUGUAGAUAAUAAAAACAAUAGUGAGAGUGACAAAAGUGAUCCUGCAGACGAAAAUGAUGACGCAGUUGAUGCGAUUAGCGAAAGAAAGGAUGAAAUUGAUAAAGUUGAUUAUUCAGAUGAAAAAGAAAUCGACAAAAAAGGUAAAGAUCAUAAGAGUGAAGAGGACUAUGAUUACGCGGUGGAGGUGAAGAAUGAUAAUUCGGUGCAGGUGAUAGAAGGGGUUGAUUACGAUGACUAUGACUACUGAUCCCUUCACCAGAAAAAAAUACUUCCCUAAAUUUCUGAAAAUCCAAAGAAUUUCAGUCCCAAACUUACUACCUUUGAAAUUACAAGAGCGUGGAAGUGGAAAAUCGUGACUCGGGGGAUACAAAAUGUUUCAUGUGAGCUGUGAAGCUGCUGGCGGCGACACUGGUCAACCACUUACCAUUUGCCAAUUCCCCUUCUUUUCCGUUGAGACAAUCCAAGCAAAUGCUCAAUAUUUCUGUGGUUAUCGUCUUGGUGAUAUGUGUGUUUAACUUAUAACGCUGUGAUAUAUUUCAUUGUAAAUGUUCAUUAUUUAAGUCAAAGUAAAGUUAUUUAAAAUUG